AGGAAAAGGUUGAAAUCUAAGACUUAGAAACAGCAUCUUCUCAAAUAAUAAACAUUUUAGUGCUCAUUUGGGAAAAACUUUCAUUUUAGGUUAUUUCUAUUUCCACUACUUUGCUGCAGCUCAACUCUUUCUUCUCUUUCUAGCUAUAAGCUAUGGUGGAAGAAUAAACAAAUAGCUUCCUGAAUUUUCUCUAACAACUAGUUAGUACCAUAAAUUGGGAUUGAGGAGCAAAGUAUAAUUGAAAGAGAAAAUGAUUUGAUAAAAUAUUCAAGAUGAUGUCAAGUUCAAGAGAUGGUAAUUAUCAAGAAAAACAAGGAGAUGAAAAUAAUAUGACAAAUAUUGAAAAAAUUUCCAAGACACCUUCAAGUACUUCAAGACAAUGGUCAACAUCAAGUUUAAGAAAUCCAAGAAUUGUGAGAGUAUCAAGAACAUUUGGAGGCAAAGAUAGGCAUAGCAAAGUUUGCACAAUAAGAGGAUUAAGAGAUAGAAGGAUUAGGCUUUCAGUUCCAACAGCUAUUCAAUUAUAUGAUCUUCAAGAUAAACUUGGUUUAGGACAACCAAGUAAAGUAAUUGAUUGGUUACUUGAAGCAACAAAAUGUGACAUUGAUAAAUUACCACCACUUCAAUUUCCUCAAAGCUUUUCACAAUUUCAUCAUCUUCAUCCACAAACCCUACUUCCUUUUCAUGAUCAAUCAAGUAAUGUCUUAUCUCAUGAACUUUCUCUUGGUCCUAAUUUAUAUGAUCCUAAUUCCACAUUUGUUGGAAUUCAAAAUCUUAUGGCAAGGUCAAAAUUUUGGGACAUGGAUUCAAGGAUUAAUAAUAAAGGUAAAGAAGUUGAAAGAGAGUACUUUGGUGAUAAAGGUAAGUGGAUUAAAACUAAUGAUGAAGAAAAUCAAGGUGGAGAAGCUAGUUACAAUAAUUUUCAUCAAGUUUCAACUCAAAAGCUUUUUCCUAUGGAGACUCACUCUAAUUUUCUAAACAAUGCUAUGCCAUCAUAUAACAACUACCAUUCGGAAGCUUCUAAUUUGUCUUUAUCUCAAUUUGGAACUAGUCAUGGAAUGUUCCAAUCUCAUCAACAAGUAGAUCCUAAUCAAAGUAGUGGAAAUAAUGCUUUGCAAUUUCCAUUUUCUUUACCAAAUUCACAAUUAUUUUUUGGUCCUUCAUCUUCUACUACACCACCAUCAUCAUCAUCAUCACUUUUGAAUCCUUUUAUGAACAAUUCAAUUGAAAAUGAUCCAAGAGUACAAUUCAAUCAUUUUCAGUUCAUAAACUCAAGUACUUCUUCUCAAGCUAUGCCUCAUCCUCUCAUUCCAUCUUUUCAUCACUCAUUCAAUUCACCUCCAAUUAGACCUUUUCCAUUACCAUUUAGCUCUAGACUUCUAGAUUCCGAUAACAAUAACAACGGUGACCAACCGGAUAAUAAGGGUAGCCGUGAUCGUUCUUGAAGAUCGUCGUUGAUUCUAUACAACAAUGGCUAUGAUGUGAGCAGUCAACAAGUACUUGGUGUGGUCCAUGGUUAUAUAUUCUUCAUAGUCAAGGUGAGUGAAUACAUGCCUAUAUUUAUCUAUAUUGUGGUUGCAUACACGGUGGCAUUGCGAAGUUGAUACAAUUGUGGUUGCAGAGACUUCAAAAUCCUUUAUAUUGUGAACGAAAUUGUGGUUGUAGACUACAAUUUAGUACGAGGCAUGUAUGUUAGUAAGCAUGGCAAUGCUAUAUUUUGUGUUUGAAUCAUUGUGAUAUUGUUUUUUUAUACACAAUUGUUAGUUGUUAGUAUUUUAUGUUAGUUAUCACGGUUUGAAUCUAAUUCCUCCUUCCGAAACUCCUUCAAGCAUUUCGGCUCAAUUACUUGAGCUACGUCUUGAAGACAAACCUUUAUGAUUUAAGUUUUAUUUGUAUCAUUUGACAAACCUUUGUUGGUAAGUUAGAAUAAUAAUCUUCAUUUUCUUGUAAUCAUAUAUAUAUGAAUUACUCCAUUAUAAGUUAUUUUAAUUUUAUGUCAAGAAAUUGUGUUUGUUUAUUCAA